GGGAGGGAACAAGCUUCCCCCUGGCCCUCCUCCCGCCCUCCUCCUCCUCCUGCACAGAGUGGUUGGGCCUGGGCCGGGCUCCGGCCGAGAGGCGGAGGCGCUGGAGAGAGCCCCCCCAAACUUUUGAGGAGCGGCCGUCACGCCUGGGAAAUGUGGCUGUUGCUGGGGCUGCUGCUGGGCUCUGCGGAAGGGCAGCUGUUGCCUUGGAAUAACUUCACAAAUGAAUGCAAUAUUCCUGGAAACUUCAUGUGUAGUAAUGGACGUUGUAUCCCAGGAGCCUGGCAGUGUGACGGGUUGCCAGACUGUUUUGAUGAAAGUGAUGAAAAGGAAUGCCCAAAAGCCAAAUCUAAAUGUGGCUCCACCUUUUUCCCCUGCGCAAGUGGCAUCCAUUGCAUCAUUGGUCGCUUCCGAUGCAAUGGUUUUGAGGACUGCCCUGAUGGCAGUGAUGAAGAAAAUUGUACUGCCAAUCCCUUGCUAUGCUCUACUGACCGGUUUCACUGUAGGAAUGGCCUGUGCAUUGAUAAAAGCUUUAUGUGUGACAAUCAGAAUAACUGCCAGGACAACAGUGAUGAAGAAAGCUGUGGAAACUCUCAAGAAGCUGACAGCAACCAGAAUUAUGUGACGACAGAACCUCAGCUGAUCUUCUAUCCCAGCAUCACCUAUGCCAUUAUUGGCAGCUCGGCCAUUUUUGUGCUGGUCGUAGCCCUUCUGGCCCUAGUUUUGCACCACCAACGAAAACGCAAUAACCUCAUGACGCUUCCAGUGCAUCGACUGCAGCACCCUGUCCUCUUGUCUCGGCUAGUUGUCCUGGAUCAUCCUCAUCAGUGCAGCGUCACCUACAAUGUCAACAAUGGUGUGCAGUACAUGUCCAACCAGGCCUAUCAUAGGCCACCAGAUAUAGACUCCCCACCUUCUUAUUCAGAAGCCGUGCUAGACCAAAGACCUCCAUGGUUUGAUCUUCCCCCACCUCCAUAUUCCUCUGAAACGGAAUUCCAGCAUCAUAUAGAACUGCCUCCCUAUCGAUCUCGGACUGGGAGUUUAGCAAGCACAGAUGCUACAGCAGCGAGAAGUCCAGGGACGGUGGAUGGCAGUCGAAGCAGGAGCAAUAUCUCAAGUACAGACUUUUGCAGUACCCUGCAGGAAAAUACAGCCGGGCAAAGUGACUCUUUAAUCAAUUCGGUUUCUGUCAGGGAAUUAUAAACCCUUCACAAUGGCAGCCGGCUUGGGCUUGGACAGGAACUCAGAAGUCUAGGAUCUCUUGUGCUCCUUCUGCAUAACCCUUGCCUUGCUCUAGGAAUCUUCGCAGGACAAGGCCUCUCCAAACCCCCAUGAAACUAUUUGCCCCACUCACUUCAAAGGGAUGUGAAUAGGAAGAAGAUGCAAGUGGCCAUGAGCCUUGGCACACUCAACCUGUACGUUAUGUUCUCGUUUAACGGGAAUAGUUCAGAAACUUUCGUUGGGAUUCAUGUUGAUUCUUUCUGUAACAUGUUAGGCUUUUACGGUAUUUCAGGGGUGUUUACUUGUGUGCAUGGUUUGGAAUGUAUCCACAUGUACCUAGGUAUACACCUAUAUUUCAAAGCAUCUCUUGUGUUGUUGUUUUAAAAUGUGUAUUUAUGUCUGUAAGUAUGUAUAUAAUAUGUGAGUAAAUGAAACUUGCAUUAUGUUAGUUCUGUUCAGUGGAAGUCCUCAAAAACAAACAAACCAAGCCAGAAGAGGCAGCCCAGCAUUCAAUCCUUCAUACACCUUUUCCCCUCUUUGUUGUGUGUGUUUGAAUCCUGCAAAUUUGUUACAAUUAGAGAUGGGCAUGAACUGCUGUUUAGUGCAGUUCAGUGGUUCGGCUGCACAAGUUCUGUGGGUGUUCUGGCUUCCCAGCCCUGCCUCCUUUGGCAAGUGCUCACUCAGAGGCAGCACCUGGAGGAUGCAGGGCUCGAAAGCUGCACCACUGCCUCUGAGUGAGUUCCCGCUUGAGGCAGGGCUGGGAAGCUGGGGCACUCACAGAAGAAGCUGUGCAGCUGAACAGCACCAAUCAUGGAACAGUGGUUCAUGCCCAUCUUUAGUUACAAUAUCAACUUCAUUCCCGUCUUUUGACAAUAAUACAGUGGCACCUCGCUUAACGAUGUUAAUUGGUUCAAAAAAAACAUCGCUAUGGGAAAACAUCGUUAAG